CUUCCGUUCCAUGUUUUUUCCAAAUAAAAGACUUAUUGAUGAAGAUGUGACGCCACAGUCCCUGAACUACCAGAGACUGUUGUUCUGGAAAACACAUUUCUCCAAAUUGGUUGGUCAAAUGUCAAAGUGAUGAAAAAAAAUAUCAAAAUAGUAAAGACACGGAUGGUCACUGUUGGACAUUGAAAUCCAACUCAACCAAGACAUGUAACUUUUUAAUUUGAAUUUGAUUAAGCUUAUUAUUUUGGGCUAUAACAAUUAUCCAACUGAAACUGCAAUACAAAUGUCCAUCGUCUGGUAUCAAGAUACAGGAAGACAUAAGUGUGGUCCCCAAACUGUGGUCCCCAGAGCCGCUUUUAUUUUGCUUUACUGCCAAGUAAGAAGAACCAGAACAAGAGCCCCGCCCACCACUGUGCCACUGUGCGCGAGUUCCAGACCCAAACAACAGGAGAACAUGGCGGUACAAUGUUUACAACGAACAAGCCACAUUACUAUUCAAAAGUCGACUGAAGUGCCAGUAGCUGUACACAAAGCUGGAAAAUUGUUUCAUUGUCCUUUCUGCAAUGAAACACAAUUUAAACCAGCGAGGAAGGACAAGGUUGAGGACCAUUUAGAAGGACAUCAUAAUAGGGCCGUCAUCGUGGAAGACUUGACCAUUCACAGAUGUGGGCUAGGAUGCAAGAAGAUGCUUCAUUAUCAUUGUCCAUACUGUCCAGGAGAGAUUCUCAAGAGGAAGGACUUCUUGAAUCAUUUACAAAAGUGCAAAAAGAAGUGUUACUCAUCACUUGAAAGAAUCCCCCCACUCCCUUUGUCAGCCAGAGCACCACCACUCCCUCUCAUCUCUGACCAAACUGCAGCCCCAGUAUUUGCCAGUCCAGCUGCUCCAGCCAGUUCACUGUCUCUCGUCUCUGGCCCACCCCCAGCACCCCUUCUUAAGUAUGUGAUCACCUCGAACACAACACCCUCACUUGCCACGGGAACACCACCACCUGCAGCUGACAGCAAGAAAACAACUGCUACACUCACCAAUGCAGCCCUGAAAGGGACACCAGCUGCACUAUGCCCCAAGAAAAGAGUUCGUCAACGAGCCGUGAUCCACAAACGAUGCCCCUUCUGUGAAAUACUGAUCAACAAAUGUAACCUCAAGAGACAUAUUGAAAGGAAACAUACUAAGGAAAAAAAUCAAGACAUUAAUGCAAGCUGCCACCUUGCUGGUGAAAUAAUUGAUCAAGAGAAUGGUAUUUAUGCUGUUUUGAAAGUGUUUCAGGGAGACAGCAUGCACAUUUUGUGUGAACAUAGUCAGUGCCAAAUCACUACGGAUGCUGCACAACAGAGUGGCCUUUCCAACUAUCUGUGCCAACACAUACGAUCUGGUACAUACAUCACUUCAUCUGCCCAGGCUGAAUCUCUAUCACCAGAUGUACUUGAUGAGAUGAUUAAGGCAAAAUGGUUUGGUCAGGAAGCAAAGACGGACUGCUUGAAAAGGCAAGAACUUGCUUACAACAGCAAGGCACCUCUGUCUGUUCACACAAUUGGUAUACCUGAAACGAAAAAAUGCAUCUCAGUGUAUGAACCAACAAUAUCACACUACAGUGGUUCAGGACGUGUGAUGGUCGUCUAUGACACAAUGAGGAACAGAUGGACCUGUCCAUGUACCAACCAGCGACGGUCUUGUAUUCACACGUACAUUGCCAAAUGGCACCUCUUUCAAACCCAGCAUGAACUUUUUUGCACAGAGGAGGUUGUGAUUGAGAACACAGAAGGACAAUAUGACUGUUCUGCAGGACACAAGAGUGAUGAAGACAGCAGCCCUGUAUAUCCUUCAACAGGUGCAACGUGUCAGGAAAUGGUGUCAUACAUUCAAAAUAUAAAGGAGAUUCCAGCUAUUUUGCCAGAAGAUACUAGGCACCCAGUACCAAACAGAGAUUAUCCCUUUGAAACCCUUUGUCAAAAAUGUGUGGGCACUGUACCACUUAGUGACCCAGUCAUCACAAAAAAUGACAAACUCUCUAACUGUUGUGUAAUUGAAGGUAUGUUCUCAUAUUUACCUGUCUCAUCCAUUUGUAAACAUUGUAAAGAUGUUACUGUUUUCUAUGGCUCAUAAUAUCUUGAUGUCAUUGGUUUUUCCUUUAUAACAGAGGUUGCCACUUCUUGCAAAUAUUGCCCUCAAUGUGGUAUGUGUUCCCGGUGUCAAGAGUGGAAAAAUGGUGUCCACAACUUUGAUGACCGGAUAAUCAUGAGCUUACCUUUAGGCCUAACAUGGAGAAACAUACUCCAGGUAAAUGUUACUGAAAUAUUUAUUCAAAUAUCAAUAAAGGAAUUUAUUUGUCUGUUGUUUUUUUCCAUCUGCUGUACUCAGGUCUCUCUUGAUAUUAAUUAAUUACUGAUUUAAUAAAGGUUUUGUAUAUAUAAAUGACGGAAUAUCUUUUAGAGGAGGUUCAUCCCUCCAAUACAGUUCCACAGACUUGGCAAGGAGCAUUGAAGCUGUUGAAUACUUUAUAACGGUUUUACUUAUAAUUUGUCAAGUCAUCUGUGCAUGUAUGCAGGGAGUGUCACUGACAAAAAACGCCACAACAUGUAUACAUGCAAUAAAGUAUAAUAAUCGAGGGCCUUUCAUGUGAUAUUGUAAAUCCACCUAUUAACAUGCAUAGCCCUAAACAACAAUUGAAUAAAAAACUAUUUUUGCAUCUCAAGCAUUUCCUAAUCUACACUCAAACCAAUAAACUACAAUAAACUGAAUUGAUACAUGCUUAUGAAGUUAAUGUGUCCUGCAACGCCCUGCCACUAAGAGAAGGAACUGAACAUCUAGGCUACUGAUAGACAAACUCUAUGAUAGACAAAUAAAUACACUAGUGGCAUACCAGUCAACAGCUUUAAGCAGCACUCAAUAUCUUCACUCAGAUUUCCAUGACGGUGCCCAAACAAAGCAAAAAGCUCUUAAAGGUCCAGUGUCUAAGAUUUAGGUGAAAGAGAUUUAUGGGCAGAAAUUGAAUACAAAAUAGUCCUAGUGAUGUUUUCACUAGUGUGUAAUCAUAUUGUACAAAUUAUUUUCUUUACCCUAGAAUGGGCCCUUACAAAUAUUUACAUCGGGCACGGGUCUUCUCUACGGAGGCCGCCAUGUUUUUCCGGUAGUCCAAACUGUACAAACGAAACAUCUUUAGUUUUUAUGACAACUGAAGGCUGCCACAGGUUCUCUGUCAUGUUUGGUAAGGGAGGAUGAGGUGAGGGGUAUUCAGCUGCAAUAUGCAACUUCACCACUAGAUGUCCCUAAAUUCUACACACAGCCUUUAGGUCAGGGUUGUCUUAAAAAGUCAAUCAAUGAAAUUAUGUUCUUAAAUUGAUCUUAAAUUUGCUGCAAAGUAUUAAACUAGCAGGUGGAGCAUUUAAGGCUAAUGGGAAAGUUGUCACAUACAGUGUCCUACCAUAAGAACAUCUUUAAAACUUAGGUCAUGAGACACUGACAGUUUUAUGUACGUAAUCACGAAACACUGAUGGGUGUUUAUUACUUCUAGCUGAAUGUUAAGAUUUCUGUUUAAAAUUAGGAGAAGCUGUAUAUUUAGUAAGUAUUACUAAUUAGACCCAUUCUUUUCUCCUUAAAUAUGUGUCGCAUUACUCUUUUGGUCCAAUCCUCAUCAAAUGAUCUCGCCUGCAGGACAACUAGUUUGAUUAGCUCAGGCUGGAUAAUAAUAGCAGACCUACCUGACACUUUUAAGUCAGCACUGUGGGAACAUCAACUCCCAAAAAAGGUGUCUGGUUCUGUUGGAUAUUUUCUGUUAAAAUGGGUUAAUAACCCUCUUUCUCUCCACUGUCGCCAUUUUGCUGUUAGAACUUUUAGAUAUAGUAGUAUCGAUAUAAAUAAUGUACAGCCCCAAACUUAUUAUGUAUAGUGAUGAUGUUUGUUCAAAUCUGAGAGGGAAAUCACUCCUCAUAACCCACGACCACACAAAGGUCAUAACUUGUGAUGAGCAGUCUCUAUAGCUUCAGUUUAAGGGGCCACAUGCCAACAAGGCUGAGAACCACUGGCACUACACUAUUGUUUAAGACAGAGAGUAGCAAGUUGUGCUCAAUCCUGGAACCAAACGACUGUCAUACAAUGACACUGCCAAAGCUAACAUGUAAAGUAUCUGUAGGCAAUGUGAUUUGGAUUUAAGCUACUCAUUAAUCCAAAGUGAUUUUCAGAUAUGUAGAGAUACAAAAAUGCUAAUAGUAAAAGUCAUUGUAUUGGACCUUCAACUCACUCCACCUCACACAAGCAAACACACUCCUGUUUAAACAUUUCACAAAGUAUGCCAUAACCAAAGUCCACUUGAGCUGAGUGAGCAGAGAGAUCACCACCAGCAUGUCCGGCUCAGUCAACAUAGAAGUGUCUCCCCCUCCCUCAGGCCUUGAAGCAGAGUAUGAGACACUCUUCACCACUGAUUCUCUCCUCUUCCUUCAUGAGCUCAUCUCCACAUUUGAUGAGGAGGUGGAUCAGUCUCUGUGGUUACGAGUUGCCAGAAAGGCCAACUUGGAGCUGUCAGGUCACCUGCCAGGUUUCCUGGAAGAAACCAUACACAUCAGAGGAGACCCGACGUGGAGGGUGCUCCCCGUACCCCCGAGACUCCAGAGAAGACAUGUGGAUAUUGGGGAUUUAGCCCCCUGCAAUAGUCAAUGCUUUGCCAAAGCUCUCAAGUCACCAGCACAAGGCAUACAGGUUGAUUUUGAUGAUGGGAACUGCCCCACAUACUACAACCAGAUCAAAGGCAUUCACAAUGUUUUUAAAGCAGUGCACAACCAGUUUCCUGAUGUUCCACACAUAUCUCAGGCUCCUGUGCUGAUGCUGCGUCCCCGAGCUUGGAACAUGGUGGAGCACAACAUGAUGGUGGAGGGUAAGGAGGCUCCUGGUCCUCUCUUUGACUUUGGACUUCUCAUGUUUCACUGUGGAAAGACACUGUUCGAAAACAAGAGUGGACCCUUUUUCUAUCUAUCAAAAAUAGAGAGCUUCAUGGAGGCCAGACUAUGGAACAAGAUAUUCGUCUGGACACAACAGAAGCUUGGCCUUCCCAUUGGCAGCAUUAAGGCAACAGUGCUAAUUGAAAACAUAUUAGCAGCCUUUGAGAUGGAGGAGAUUCUUUAUGAGCUGCGAGACCAUUCAGCAGGACUCAACUGUGGUGUCUGGGAUUAUUCAGCCUCCAUUGUCAAUAAGUUUGGACACCGACUGGCCUUCUUGCUGCCUGACCGCAGUAAAUACGUCAACAUUGAGACGCGCUUCCUGCGUAGCUACAUGGACCUGUUGAUCCAGACAUGUCAUCGGAGGGGAGCACUGGCCACAGGAGGCAUGUCUGCUCUCCUCCUACCUCAGGACCCACUCUCUGAGUCCCACAGGACAGUGUUGGCUACUGUCACCAGACUGAAGCUGAUAGAGAUCAAGGCAGGCGUGGAUGGUUUCAUGGUUUAUGAUGUGAACCUCAUAGAGCCCAUGCAGACACUCUUCAAACUUCACACUGAAGGUGAUAAUCAACUCCACCAGCUUCGAAAUGAUGUCACUGUGACUCCUGAUGAUCUACUCUCCAUACCUUUGGGAGGAAUCACCCUUGAUGGUUUGAAGUAUAACAUUGCAGUUGGAGUACUCUUUAUUAAUGCUUGGCUCUCGGGUGAAGGUGUAUUUUUCUACAGAGGCAGUGUCGAAGAUUCAGCCACAGCAGAGAUUUCCAGAUCCCAGGUGUGGCAGUGGAUCCGUCAUCACUCUCAGUUGGAGGAUGACAGCAGGGUGGUGAGCAGGCAGCUGGUGACUGACCUCUUAAAGGAGGUCAUGGUGGAGCUCAGCAGUCGGUGCCAUUCUCUUAGGGAUAAGCAGAGGUUACUCACAGCAGCAGACAUGUUCCUGGAGAUGGUCCUCAAGAGAGAUUUCCCAGAGUUCAUCACCACCUACUUGAAUGAGGACCACACCUUUCUCAGCUGUCAGAGCACAAGACAGGCGGCAGCUCUGGAUAGACAUGUGCACCGCUCCAACCUGUGAUGGUCGAGCUGAAACACAGCUUUUUGUAAACACUUUCGAUAGACGAUGACGCAAUUUGAACACAUUGAUUCAGCGCUAUCGAUUUUGUAAUGGCCAUUUUUCAUUGUAUUUUUUUAUUUUAUGGACUUGGAUUUGUGUGCUCGGUGUCCACAUCGCUCUUUCACUGGCUGCAUUUAUCGAAUGAUGAUUUCAAAUAAUUUGUAGAUGUGAUAUGUAUUGCCUAAUUUCUGUUUCUCUUGAAUGCAUUUAAAUCAAUAACCUUCCCUUGUUAGAAAUAAACAAAUGCAUAUCAUA